AUGGCUUUUCCCCCCGCUUCAAGGGGGUCCCCCAGCCACCCCCCGUCAACAACAGCCUCUGCAGUCGCUGCUCGGCGUUCUGCAGAUGGGAGGCCUGGCCGCCCCCUCAGUAGAGUUGAACAGAUGCUGCAUGCGUACUACGACCUGGAGGAAGCCGGCGAUACAGACAAGGCUCCUGAACACCCACCAGCAGCCGUAGAGGCUGGAGGGCAGAAGCGGCCACUUGCCGCCGACCAGCAGCCGACGGCGAGUGCCACAGCUCCCGACUUGUGCGAGGCUUCUGCUGUUGGGGGUUCCUCGGUUGACACAGCGCCAGCGCCUGUAUCGGCGGGAGCAACAACAGCGCGUCAGCCUCACGGGGCAAGAGGCGGCGUGGACGCGGCACGGCAAUUGUUACAGGAGAUGCCGCCGUUGUUGCAUCCCUCGGCUUCCUCAUCCCCCCGCCCAGCAGGCAGCAGAGCUCUUGGAGCCUCUACCUCUCCGAGAGUUCCCCCGUCUCUGGAUCUGAACUCCCCUGCAUUCGACAUGCAAGCGUACUUUACGGCUGCCGUACGCAGUUGCAGCUUGCGGGAGCUCCUGCGGCUUACGAACGAGCUGGAGGCGGAGGUGAGGAUUCUCGAGAGAGACAUCCGCACGCUGGUGUACGAGAACUAUGGCAAGUUUUUGAGCGCCACGGAAACUGUGCGUCGCGUCCGUCAGGCUAUGGGAGACAUUGAGCAGCAGUUGCAGCACCUCUCCCUCAGUGUCUCGGCGAUUGAAAGCAGCAGCGGCCAGCUCAUGAAGACGGUGCAUGAGCGGGCAGCUGGAAUCGAGGAUCUGGUUGCCUUUCGGCAGCUCAUCGAGCAGCUGCAGCUGCUGCUGACCCUCCCGGAGCUUCUGCGGCAGCACCUUGCAGCAGGAAGCCCCUUGACAGCGCUCCAGGUGUAUGAUCGCGCGAAGCUUUUCUUGGCAAAGCAGAACGUGACCUCGCCCCCUCUUCAGAGGCUGCUGCUUCUGAAGCGGGAUGCAGAGGCGGCUGCUGCGUACUGCGUGCAGCUCCUCAAGCAGCAACUCGACAGGGGGGUAGGGGGGGAAGAAGAGGAGAAAGGACAAGAAGAGGUGGCUGCGUUGAGCAAUAGGGCUGCCGCCUCCUCCGCUGCUGCUGCGAGCAAGGCGGCAGGCACAGAGGGCGUAUUCACUUCUCUAGGUGGCAGCAGCAGCAGCAGCAGCAGCAGCAGCAGCACGGGGAGGCCAGCGGCGACUCCCUUGGGGAGUGAAGAGGCUUCCCGCAUUGUCAGGUUGUUGCUGAGGAGUGGGGAGGAUGCGCGCGAGCUGCUGAGAAUCUACCAGAGGGGCAGGCGACACGCGUGUCUGAGGGUAUUAGAGCGCUGUUGCGGGAGGGAGGCGGUGGAAGGAGGAGGCCCCUCCAACGCCGCCGUCGCGGAGGGAGUGGAGGGGGAUCAACGAGAGGUCGGAGUUGCAGGAGAUGCCAGUAGUGCACGCGAAGGCGGUGUGGCGAGGACGGAAAUCGGCUUGGAAGGGGCAUGCAGUCAGAUCGCGUGCCGCUUUGUACCACAGGUGGCAGCGGCUCUGAAGGACAUGUUGGUGCUUUUGCGUUUUAUAGCCCUUCAGAAGAAGAAGAAGCGUUUCGAGGAGGCGGGAACGACGAAGCGUGUUGUCGAGGCAGCAGCAGCAGCAGGACGGGAUAGAGAGCCUCAGGAAGCUGCUCUUGUGCGGCGUGUUCGCGAGGAUGCGGCGGCAGCUGAAGAGGGGUGUGGAGCGAUAGAGCCUGAGGGGGAGUGCCUCUUGCUAUCCUUUCUGACGUCGCUAGUAGAUGCUGCUUUCUCUCGACUGUCUGCCACGAUCGCUUCCACCGUGCCUGCGGCAGCCUCGGUUCUGCAAGGCUGCAGAACUGUCACCUCCGCGCUAGAGAAAUCCUGGGAAGAGGUGUUGUUGCCAGCCGCCACGCUGCAGCAGCAAGCUCUGCAAACGAUGCGGCAAGCGCACCGCGCUGUGCUCCUCGAAGCCACGGCACUCACUUUCAAACGCGCAUACGCGAAAGUCGUGCAGGAGCUGCACGACACGCUGGCGGCAGCCACGAGACUGCAACUGGAGCAGGAGCAAGAAGAAGAGGCGCAGGCAAAGCCCUUCUCCGUCUUGCACACUGCCAAACGAGCUGUGGCAGUGACGCAGCAGCACGCAGCAGCGCAGUGUGUCAUCGUGGAGGGCUGCAUGGCUCUCACAGACGCGCAACAGCUGCUCCAAGACGCCUUUCCAUCUCCUACCCCUGCAGAACAAGAGUCCCUUCUUCACGCUCACAUUACCCCUUGGGUAGCCGGUCUAUUCGAACUCUUCCUCCUCUUCACUCUACAACUCACACGCAACGUUCCUGCUGCAUUUGCGGGCUGUCCAAUAGUCCUAGAAACAGCUCUUGCAGAGCUGCAGCAGCCAGAUGCUCGAAGACACGCAAACGGCAGCGUCUCACACGCCAGGAGGACCUAUCUCACACCCCAAGUCGAAGCAGCACUUUGGGUAUCGGUGGUUAACUGCCCCUGGCGUUCUCCGGAAGCACGCAAGGCGGAGCUUCCCGCAUCCGAGCGUUCGCUUUGCCCCUCCUUCUUGUCUGCGCAGUUUGAAUUUCUCAGCAGUGUCUUGGUGUGUCUCCGCAUUGGCCGUCAUCUGCAACAAGUCGGCCUUGCGAAACUUGAAGCCGUCGGGGUAGAGUUGCACCCCAGUCUGCUUCCGCCCCACUGGCUGAGCGGCAAUAGCAACAACAACAAUAACAACAGCAAUAACUACAACAGCAACAACACCAACAACAACGACCAUCGCAGGAGAACGGGCGCCGCGAGCGGCCAGCCCUCCGUUGCUGCACGUCUGCGUGCUGCAGUUCACAGCCUCGUGACGGCGUUUGUCUUCUACUGCGGACAGCGGGCAGCGGAAGACACAAUUGCGGUGCUAGCGGAGCGGUACGUCUUGCGGCUGCAGCCAGGCAGGGGUUCGGUGCAAACUUGCGCCUCCCCAGAUCGGACUGGGGGGGGGGCCUUCGCACCCCUCGUGCAGGCUCUCCGAGAGUGCGAUGAUGCAUUUGCUGCCAUUGCCGAAGACACUGCUCGGACGCCUCCCUUCGCUUCUGCCGGGAAGAACGCUGCUGUCGCUGCUACCCAGGGCUCCUCUUCUGUCACGGAAGCGAUGCAGCAGCAGCUGCCUCCCCGCCGUCUAGCACGUUUCUUGAGCCGUCGGCGGACGGCUGUAGAACGGGAAAUGGAGCGUCUCUUUGCCCGCAAACAGCGCGUCUACGGCUGUGUUACCUUUAACCGAUGCAGGUCUGUGCUUAGUGUCUUCCGCAUCGCCGCUCGAGCGGUCCUAGAAUUCGUUCGGGGUUGCUCCCUCCCCCCUGCCGCCGUGCAGCAGCUGCAGGCCGACUGCGAGGAAGCUGCGGACGCCGUCCGGCAGCUGCUGCAGCCAGAAGAUGCGUCUCUUGUAGAUGGUGUUUUUGAUGAAAUUGCGGCUGUCGGGGCCGGCCUGUCCAGGGAGGAGGGCAUAGCAAAAGCUCGCCGCCUUUUUCCUCAUGAGGAAGAGGGAGGCGCAGCUCGAAGGCAAAAACUUAGAGGUGUACAUACAGUGGAUAAUACAGCCCACAGCGCUGAGCGUUUCUGGGGACACAACGCUGCGGCAGGCAACCAGCAUCUGAUGACUAGGGACACGUGGUAG